AGCUUGUUACUUCCUCUUUCCUUUCUGCUCCUAUCCAGGUUCUUCUAUGCUUCCUACCUCUUCACCAUAACUGCCACUCCAUGCUCCCUUCCUCCUUCUCUUUUCUUAAAUCUCUCCCUCAUCAUCAUCCCUAGUCUUCUCUACGUCCUCGUCUCAGCUGUUAGCGUAGCCACUGUGGUUCAUGGCCUGACUGGAAAAAUCACCUUUGCAAGCGAGUUCCCGGACCCCAUCUACCGUCCCCGCCUGUUUACCGCAUGGAUCAUCCUCUGCGUUUUGCAGGUAUGUGUCUGUCUAGGAAUUGAAGGUAGCAUAGAGGCGGAAAUCAAAGGUACCGUAACCAAUUUUGGCGCCAAGAGGAGCUUGUUGAGUAAAGUGGCCUUCUUCCUGGGUUUGCAUGAGACAAUGCUUCUUUGGUCCAGAGUCAUUGUUAAGCCUGUGGUGGAUGACACCAUUUUCAAGGUGGCUAGAGAGGAGAGGUGGGUUCAGAGGGUGGUGUUGGCCGUGAGCUUGGGUAGCUUUUGGUGGUGGAAGCUAAGAGAUGGGGUGGACGGUCUGGUGGUUGCGGUGGAGUCCAAGACGUCGUUGAUGGGCAUAGAGCCGGUUGAUUUUCUUGGUUGGUGGUUGUAUUACGCGACCGUGACAAUUGGGAUGGUAAGGGUCGUUAAAGCUCUUAUGUGGCUCGGUAUGGUUUUGCUCUUUGAAACGGUAAGAAUUCAAGACUCAGACGACUAUGAACAAACCAUUGAGGAUGAAGAAAAAGUAUAACCUUGAAGUGAACAACGCGCAAAGAGUUUUUCUUUUCUUAAUUUUCUCUUUCACACCAGUUAUAUAGUUUUUCUGGUCAAUGAUGAUGUUAAUGUUGUGUUUUUCUUUCUUAAUUAUUUCUUGUUACUUAUAUAGUACCAAAGAUUCUUAGUUUCUUGUACAAAAUUAAUAAUCUGAAAUAAUAUGA